AUGAAGGUUAUGCCAGCUGUGGGUCUAUUUAAAUCUCUUUGUGGAGGCAUAUGCACAAUAACUAUAUAAUUUUUAACAACCGAUAUGGGGAAGCGAAAACGCGUUAACAAAAGAGUAAAUAACAGGAAGGAGGAUGGAGAUAAGGUGGAAGAAGCGAGUGUGAGCCAGGUGACCACGUGGGAUGAUUGGUGGAACAGAAAAGAAUCCGAGUUGGAGGAACGGUGGAGGAAGAGGGAAGUAGAGGUGGCGGAACAGUUGCUAAGUGGCGCCGAACGAGCAAUUAAGGAGAAGGUGGAGGCAAUGGCCGUCGCUGCGAAGGCCUGCCGGAGGAGGCAGCUGGAGGAAAUGGAGGAGCUCUGGAGGGAUCACGAAGCAGCGCUGGACGCCCAGUGGAGGAGCACCGCCGACACUGCCGUCGCGCGCUGCACCCGGGCCCUAGAGGGCGCCACCGCUGAAGUCCUCGAGAGGCAGACGAGAGACUUGGAGUGGAAGUGGAAGCUCAACGAAGCGGCGGUGGAAGAGCGAUGGAGUCUCGUUGUCGACGGAGAGAUCAGCGACACGAGCAAGGCCAUAGACUCAAUUUUUAAAAACUAUUGCGACUCUUCAGGAGACGGUGGUGAAAAGCGAGAAUCCCCGGAGAAAUCAGGCCUGGAAAAGCAGAUGAUGGAAGCUUCCGUAAAUCUUCAGGCACCUCCUCAUGAAAACCCAAUAGAACACAUCAAGAAAUUACUAGCUGCCACCGUAUCCUUUGAUCAAGUCGCUUGUAAAUCGACGGACAUCCAGGAGACGUACAUAUUUCAAGAGGACGAGACGCGUUGCGGGUCAGACAAGUUGCCUCUCGACAAAAACAUUUCCGUCGCAUUAGACGCUAUUCAAGAAAUACCUAUGUCCUCAAUGGAUGUUUCCGUCGCGGGAGAUUUGAAAGAGUCGAAGUUGCAGAAACCCGUCGACUCAGCGACUCAAGAUAGUUCAGUUAAAAUUUCGAAGUCGCAGAUGGUAGAUCGGGAUUCAAAUGAAAUUUCAAAACCACACUCAGAACUUUCCGAAGGAUCUUUCGUAUCACGUAAAGGAAUUGUAAUGCUGGAGGCUAUUCAAGAGGUAGAAAAGAUUUUGAACUUUGGGCAAGUGGGUACUGAUAAAGAAUCAAUCACAACUGCGAAUGUGAAAGCACUUUCAAAAGAUACUGAAGAAUUGUUCGUGUCGCAGGAAGGAUCUGUGGCGCUGAAGACAAAGCAAAACCAAGCUUUCGAAAUGCAGAAAGGUGCUUGUCAGCAAUCGCCUGCUUCUCCCACGCCCUUGUCUUCAGUGGCGGAGGACUUUGAUGACGAUGCAUGUGGCGCGCUGAGGGAGUGGGUGGAGGGCGCUGGGGCCUUAGAGGCGCGUGAUCCCCAGGAAUCGCUCUCUGGCUGCGAGGAGGAUCGCGGCGGGUCCAAGGAGGCCGUGACAGAUGCGCCUGGAGGAGCGCCCGCCGUCCAGACAACCAGGUGCCUGAAGGCGAAAGCAGCUCUUUUAGGAGACCAGAGAAAGCAUAUUGAGAUGUCCCGUGAAAAACAUCUUGUGGAAACGGGGAUGAAGUCUAUUAAGGGCGGGAAGUUGCAAACGGAAUACGAGGCGGAGAAGAGUAAAGACUUAAUGGCAUCGCCUUCAAGUAGCGAGAACAGCGACAACGAUUCUUCAGAGGCCGAGUCAACAACUGGUGUAUCUUCCACCUUCCAGAAAUUCCAGUGUCCGGAGUCGGAGGACAAAACUACCUUAGAAAAAGAGGGAAAGCGAAUUGAGGUCUCUCGUAGGGAACCAUUCUUGGAAAAGGAGACGAAGUUUAUUGAGGCAGAGAAAUCUCAAGUAAAGUCGGAGGAGAUUGAGAGUGAAGACCUGGAAGCAUCACCUUCAAGUAAUGAAGAUAAUGAAAGCGGGUCUGUGGAUGCCGUGAAAGCAAAUUCUGAAGCAUUGCUUUUCUCUAAGAAAUCAAAGAAAUCCAGUGAUUCUGAGGGCGAUGACAGGGUUAAUCGCUGCAAGAGCCCACACGUAACGUACACGACGAAGAAUGAUUUACUGGAGCAAACGGAGAAGACUAACUUCGAAGACAACACGAGCUCAGAGGAAGAAUCCGAGGCAGUGGACGAGGAAGACCUCGUAACAUUGACCACAGACGGAGACAACUCAAACGACAACGCGGACCAGGAGGUAAAACGGGCUAGAGAUGGUUACGAUAUGGCGUUUCUGCAAAUGCGUACUACAAUGAAUCUUCUCGAUCGUAGAUUUGACUCGCCGGAAGAACGUGAACGCACAGCACGCGCCACAGCGUCCAAAACCUUGGCCGCUUCCCCCGCCGCCGCCCGCGCCUUUGGCGAGCUAAGCCACCCGAAGGAAGAGGAAGAGGAGGAGGAAGCGCCUGAGAAACCCCCAGGAAGCGCCGUGAAGGACAAGACCUCCGACCAGUCGGACGAGGAGAGGACGCAAUUCGAAGACAGGGAGCUGUCUGAGGGCGAGAUGGAAGACCUGUUGGAAGUGUUCUUGGGAGAAACGUUUCUAACGAGGAAACAGCGCGCGAGCUGGAGGGUAUCGGACGCCGCGUCGGCCUUCGCCGCCGCCCCCGACGCCGCUCGCGCCCAGGGCGAGCAGCUGCGGGAGGCGUCGCGGCGCCGCGACGUGCAGAGGGUGCUGUCGCUGCGGGCGGCCGGCGCCGACCCCGACGCCCCCGACGCCCGAGGGGAGACGGCGCUGCACACGGCCGCGCGCGCAGCCGACGCGAGGAACGCGGUUGGCCAGACUGCUCUGCAUCUGGCUGCUGCGCGUGGUUGCGCCCGCUGUGUGGCGCAGCUGCUGAGCCGCGGGGCGGACGUGUGCGCAAAGGAUAUGUUCGGCCGCACGCCGCUGCACGGGGCGGCGCGCUGGGGGCGCAUGGCGGCUGCGCGCGCGCUCCUGGCGGCCGGCGCGCGUACUAGCAGCGAGGACGAGCGUGGCAAGACGCCCGUGGAUUUGGCGCUGAGUCGCGCUGUCGCCGAUCUGCUGAAGGUCUACGAGGAGGCAGCCAGCGCUGCAAAAUAG